UUUUCAGUGUUCAUCCGAUGGUAACCUUUUUUCCUUUCUUCCUUCCUCUUCAGCCUCUGCCACCUCCAUCGUCAAGCGGCAGGCGGAGAGCGGCGACGGCAACGACGCCGAACUGUGCAAGGGCCGCCCGCCGAGCGAGUACUUCCGCCUGACGGCCGACGAGGACUGCCGCGACGUGGUCCGCUGCUCGGUGCAGGGCCUCCUUGCGUUGCGUUGUCCCUCCGGCCUCGCCUUCGACAUUGACAAGCAGACCUGCGACUGGAAGUCGAACGUCAAGAACUGCCAGCAGCUGGAGAAGCCUCGUCUGGUCGCUCCGCUCCUCGCCACCGAUGAGCCGAUCUGCGAGGCGGGCAAGUUGGCCUGCGGCAGCGGCGACUGCAUCAGCAAGGAGCUCUUCUGUAACGGCGAACCUAAUUGCCAAGACGGCUCGGAUGAAAAUGCUUGCACCGUGGAGAAGGACCCGAACCGGGCGCCCGCCUGCGACCAGUCUCAGUGCGUCCUUCCCGACUGCUUCUGCUCGCCCGAUGGUACGCAGAUUCCCGGGAAGCUGGAGCCAAAUCAGGUGCCGCAGAUGAUCAUGAUCACCUUCGAUGACGCCAUCAACAACAACAACAUCGACAUCUACGAGAAGAUCUUCAAGGAGGGGCGGAACAAUCCCAAUGGCUGCGCCAUUAAGGGCACCUUCUUCAUCUCCCACAAGUACACCAACUACUCGGCGGUGCAGGAGAUGCACCGCAAGGGCCACGAGAUUGCCGCCCACUCCAUCACCCACAACUCCAACGAAAAGUACUGGAGCGAAGCGAGCACCGAGGCCUGGGCGAAGGAGAUGGCCGGCGUCCGCCUCAUCAUCGAGCGCUUCUCCAACAUCACCGACAACUCCAUUGUGGGCGUCAGAGCGCCGUACCUGCGCGUCGGCGGGAACAACCAGUUCUUCAUGAUGGAGGAGCAGGCCUUCCUCUACGACUCCACCAUCACCGCGCCGCUCUCCAACCCGCCCCUCUGGCCGUACACCCUUUACUUCCGCAUGCCGCACAAGUGCCACGGCAAUGGCCAGAACUGCCCCACGCGGUCGCACGCCGUCUGGGAGAUGGUGAUGAACGAGCUCGACCGCCGCGACGACCCCAACUUCGACGAGGAGCUCUCCGGCUGCUCGAUGGUGGACAGCUGUGCCAACAUUCUCACCGGCGACCAGUUCUACAACUUCCUCAACCACAACUUUGACCGGCACUACAAGACGAACCGGGCGCCGCUGGGCGUCUUCUUCCACGCCAGCUGGCUCAAGUUGAAUCCGGAGCUGCAGGACGCCUUCAUUCAGUGGAUCGACGAGGUGCUCGACAAGAAUGACGUCUACUUCGUCACCAUGACGCAGGUGCUUCAG